UCCAGCUCCUCUCUCGCCAACUCCUGACACUUUUGGUCACGCUCCUCCUGUGUGCUCCUUCGGCUCAGAGACAGGCUUGUGGCCCCAAACCAUCGGUGGCUGCAAGGUAUCUCCAGGCUGAGGAGCUCACUGUAUGGCCACUUCAGGUCUUGGCCAGCGCAUGUCCAGGGCCGUUACCUCUGUUUUGCCUCCAAGUUUCAGUGCAUCUUUGGACAAGUUCCAGCGCGUGGGCUUGCACAUUUCUCCAGUCUCCCAAGGGCUGAAGCCCCGGCCAAGGCGCAUGGGGGACAAGAUGGAGAAGGUCGAUUCCACUGGUGCUCCGCGAAGGAGGGUCGCACCAAUUUCAUCUCUCUCAUCUGACCAGAACACGCCCAAGAACGGCUCACGGGGAGGGCGGAGCGGUAGCAACUCUGAAGCUCCUUCAGGCCCAGCUUCUAGUGCUGGGACACCAUGCUUCGGAGGUCUUUCAGGAAUUGAAGAGCAAGAGCUUGAGGAGGUGCAGAAAGAGAUAUCCAAGGAGGUGGAGAUCUUCAGCCCCUUGACCCGAACGGAGAACGGAAAUGAGAACAAGGUCUUCCUAGUGAAUGGAAAUGGAAACAAGGCGCUGAGUGAAGCUCAGGCCUGUGUCAUUUUGCAAAGAUGGUGGAAGCGACGCCGCGAAGCAGAACGAAUACAUUACGAAAGACUGGUUUUGGAACUCAUGGAUCUGCGAGAUGAGGCUGCCUUGCAGGUCCAGCGGAUCUGGAGGGCAAUCCUCAAGAAUCGUCGCAGAAGAGCUUUAGCGGGCAAUCUGGGCGGCACUCCUCAAUCAUGAGGGCAACCGUGGCAACCAGUGAGGCGUCGAUUUUGUGCACGUCGCGUGAGAGUGGGUGCUUGAGGUGCUUGGAGCUUUAGGCGUUCCUAUCACCUCCAGCUUUGCUGGGCUCCGCCACUGUGCUGAUGAGCCACGGUGAGUCGAAUAUGGCUGAUGACACAAGCUGUUUGUUUGCACCGC